GUUCAACCAUUCUGCUGCAACGCCCUUGUGUGUGUGAGAGAGAGAGACAUUCGCAAGACCCAUCCUUCACUGUCAUCCUUAGAGCCGUCCAAGUGUUGUCUUGACUACGCGAAGAGAAAGGCAGAGCACGUUGUAGCAGGCGUCGCUCCUCCUGCUUUGUCAUUGGCACUGUAGCCAAAUUCACGUCUCCUCUUACCGCAUCGAGGAAGCAAUAAAAGGUUUCCUUCUUUGACAACAAAGUUGGUGUUCGGUACAGUUGGGCUUUGAGAAAAAAAUAGCAGCAGUGAAAGGCGUUGAAGACAUCCGACUACCUCAGUCUUCGAACCUAUCUAUUUCUUUCUUUUUUUUUUCAGUGUACGUAGUCUCAUAGAAUACCGAAAAAGGAUUCAAAUCGUGUUGUGAUCGGCGAUGUCUCGUCGGCAAAGCGGAUCUUUCGGUCGUAGCGGUAGCGGCUCGAGCCACCUCACCAACGGUCAAGACAGCAACGCGCCAGGGGCCGGUGGGCAGGCCGUCUACGCCGUAAAUCCUGCGCUCUUCGACAACUGCGGCGCCCUCCUCAAUGCCCCGACCGGGCUCACGACGGCGACGAUCCUGAAGGUGCUGCAGAGCAGCGCCAACAAGACCUCCAUCUCCUUAGCCAGCUGGAAGGAGACGGCCAUGACGGUUCUCGGCCUGCUCGAGUCGACCGCCUAUGCCGUCUUCGACGUCUUCUUCGCUUUUAGUGGGGGCUGCAUUCAGAGCACGCCGGCCUACACCGGCGGGGAGCGCACGAGCGUGGCGCAGCUCCGCCAAGAGAGCAACCGCGCGCUUUUAGAGAAAAUGGGUGGAACGGUGGAUCAGAGCCGGUGGCCCGCCGCGUCGACGGCGCGUCAAGUGAGUCUGCCCGGCCUGCUGGUGUUCCUGCUGUGUCAGCUGUUCGUGGAGCGCAAGCGCACCACUGCGGCGCAGGGCGACAGCACCGCUUCCAGCAGCGACGUCGCCGACUACGUGCGCAACCACCUGCACGACUUUGUUACUGCCGUGGCCGUCACCCGCGCGUCGCGACUCACGCAGGCAGACGCAGCAGAGCUCGGCUACCUACUUCGCGAGGUCGUGAACGGUGUGGAGCAGCCUUUUGGGCCGAGCGUUAGCUUCUUGUGGCAGUACAACGAGAAGACGAUCGACGUGGCGGUGCUCUCGCAGUACCUGCGUGUGCGUAUUCGCCCAAACAGCGAAAUUAAAAGGGGGGCCGCCUCGGCUGCGGCGAACGCGUUCGGCUUCAACAACGUGACGAUUCAAGACUUAGCAAACACGGUGCACAUCACGCCGCAGACACUGCUGCCGGACAUGGCCACGCGACUUCUAUCCUCCAACCUGACCAUUGCGAACUGUUCGCAAACGCACAUCUACGCCCCCUCCUCCCUUCCCCACACGCAGCUGUCGUCGCUGACGAACUGCACGGUGUCACUGGGGCCUGUUAGUGGCGUGCUCAGCAUCCAGAACUGCCACCACUGCUGCGUGUCCGCGCUGUGCGGUGCGGUGGUCGUCAGCGGCUGCUCUAAUUUGACCUUGUACAUUUGCGUGAACACCCCACCCGUUUUUCUGCAGGGCGCCACGGCGGACCAGGGAGGUGGCGCGACCUCGUCUGCGCAAAGUGGGGUGCGCUUUGCGCCCUACAACUCCUUCUAUCCGGCCAUGGAGCAGCACAUCAGCAACUCCGGCAUCAGUCCGCUGCUGAACUUUUGGAACGUGGGGCUGCCGGACCACGAAGCCAUCUUGCCGCCGUCCGAAUUUCAGAGCAUGCCGUUUCCCCUGACGCAGUCGGCCAAUCUGAGCAACGUGACGCGCACCAAUCCGUGCCCGCUGCCCGCGCCGUACCGUGAUGCGAUGAACCGCCGCCUGCAUCGCCUGCGUGAGGUGAACGAGGCGAUUGGGAGCGCGUGCACGAAGUUGCGGGAUGCGGGGCGAAACGAUCUCGUGGAGGACCUGCACCAGCGCGUGACGGCCAUGUUCCGCGACUGGCUGAAGGAAAGCGGGCAGGAGCACGUCUUAGCGGACCUCACCCACACGCCCCCACCAAGCAAAACCCCUGUUUAG